AUGGCCGCCACUCCUGUUUGGCUGGGUAAUCCAGCCGUCCGGCGAUAUUUAAUGUUCAUCAGCUAUGAUGGAUCACGAUUCUCCGAAAUGGCAACUGGAGGCAAAGGAUUUGGCGUGGUGGACAUGCUACGUCAGGCAAUCGCCGACUCUUUAUUUGGUGCUAGGCCUUACAUGCAUCCUCUUCGCAAUGCUUUGAGAAUCUCACCUAGCAGCAGAACAGAUGCCGGUGUUCAUGCUCUACGAAAUGCCUUGAUAUGCCAAGUUCCGACUGAGUAUGCGACGCUCGAUUCCAGUAUAGAGAAUAAGUUGAAGCAUAUAAGCAAAUGGAACAGUGCUAUUGAGGAAUUUUCGCCAGGUGGUAUGAAAGUAUUGGAUUUGAACCGUGUGGCUGCCGGGUUUUGUAUUCGAAGGCAUGUUGCAUACAGGUUACUUAGCGAACACGUCAUGGGUUCUUUUUUCAAGCACACCGCUCGUGAUAAACGAAAAGAAACCUAUUCCCGAAGCGCACGACGAAAUAUACUCGUUUGUCAGAUCUCACGUGGCGAGCCCAUAUCCAUUCCAAACGAUAUCUAUGACUAUUACAACAUUACGAUAGUAGCACGGUCAUUCGUCAGAGAACAGAUCCGUCGCAUGAUGUCAUGCAUAGUUUUCCAUGGCUACGAUCGUCUACCUUUGGAGACAAUCCGUUGGCUUCUAAAGAAUCCGAUCAGCACGAAUUUCUACGACCUUCGCAUACGGAUUGCGCCACCACAGGGAUUGUUCCUCACAGAUGUGGUGUAUCCUCCAGAAAUGUUUACUAAUCCGUUUCCCUGCUAUCGACAUGCAUGGGAUCGUCCACAGGAGGUCCUCGAGGAAAAAGAGGACGAACUGCUUCUUGAUGAUGAUUGUUGA